UUCCAAUCGUCAGAGAACAGAUAUUGUACCUGAUGCAAUUCAGAUAUAUGGGUGUUGUUUAUAUGGAUUCAAAAAUACUUUCGCGAUUAAAUUAGACGUUUGAAAAAGGUUUCCAAGUGUGCCUUCAGCAGUCCUGUCAAAAUGUCUGGUGUAACCUAUGAAGAUAUAAGGAAGGCGAAUCUCACUUUAAAGCAUGCCCUUAGGGCCCAUACUGAGGAAUAUUUCGAGUAUGAGCCAGGAGUACACUACGUCACGAGCAAGUUCAAAAUAGAAAAUAUCAAGCCACAUAGGGAUGUGUCAUAUUCCGAGGUGCAAGGGAAAGAAUUUAUACUUGCCGAGAGGAACCUACCCGUUGGUAGAUACCAGAACGAAUGGCAAACACCUAUCACGAUAUACGGAAGAAACAACCUGGACUGGAAGGUGAAGCUCAUGUGUUCGUCAUUCGUGGGAGACAUGGAAGUUGACGAUAGGGACUGGUUCGAGUCUCGACAAGUAGUUGAUAAGGUGAUGGAUUUACUUAAAAAAGAACUGCGCAGUCAGGCUGAAAAAUAUGAGGGUCUCCUUAUCAACUCGUACGUACGGCAGGGCAGUUCUCGAGAGGGAUUGAAAGUUGUUAAAGCAGACGAAUUUGACGCAAUGCUUGAAUUUCACUUUGACGGGCUCGACGAGCGAAUUGAACAAAUACAUUUCAUAGAUAGGGAUGAAAGGAAGUUUAUUCCGGGCUAUUGCUAUUUAGAACUGCGAGAUGUAACACUCGAAUUAAUAAGAAACAAGUUCACGAUGCUGUACAAGAAAGGAGUAUUUAUAGAAAAAGAAGGAAAGAUCUUCCUAAGCUCUAAACAUCUUCACGUGCAGAUCUUCGAAUCAAUGGUAGAUUCGGCUGUUUUCAAAAUAAAUUCACAGAUGCUUAUACACAAUAUCAUAUAUACGAACAAAUGCAUGUUUGCUUUGAAAAGAAAAAUGAAUCCUCCUUCAAUCAAUCUAACCAUAACAUUAAAAGCGUCUGAACAAUUUUUCGGCAUUGGACAUCUUAAAGACAAAGAGAUUGACUUAGAUUUUGUUCCUGCCUUUCUGCUACGAUAUGACACAACUACAAGCUAUGAAGGUGUACUGAUGCAAUGUCCAAUUCACGCAGUGUGUAAAUGGGCAGAAGACAAUAGCUUCAAGGCCCUCAAAACUGCAGACCAAAGCCGCAUUUGGGUUGUAAAAUCUACCGGGUACGAGAAACACAUACUAGAUGUAGCUCGUGAAAAUGAAAGGAAACUGUAUAUUCUGACCGCGCUCAGAAUAUUGAAAACCUAUUUCGUGAAAACGAAGAAGUAUGCUAAAGAAUCUGGUGGCUCUCCUCCACAGAUUGUAUCAGUGCUAAAAUCCUACCAUCUCAAACAGUUGGCCUUUUACCUUCUCAACUAUCUCUGCCACAAAUACCCACAUUUUGAAGUGGAUGGUGUGCAAAUAGCGCUGCUCUAUUUCAUAGACAUCAUUCGCGUAGCUCUGAUGGAAAAGCGCCUGCCUCACUUAUUUUUUUCCGAUAACAACGUAAUUGAAACAAUGCUCCCGGGAUACCCACUGCUGCCUUCUCCUAAACUGAGGUUUGAUCUAUUCAGAAACAUACCAAACGAUUCUCUUACACAAGCCUUGUUUUCACUAGAGAAACACCUCAUACCUGAUUUGGGCUUUUCAACAAGGGUUGACAGUGAUCUUCACGACCACGAGAGAGCGCGAGUUCAUCAGGACUUCAAAAGCACAGUGGCAGGAUCUGAUUACUUCUAGGUAAUGUCGUUUUAUGAAGUUUUUUAACGGCGGGCUUCAGCUUAAGAAAUAACCUGUAAACGUUCGACACUAAGAUGAACGAC